AUGUCUGCACCGAGCAAAAGCCGUAAAUGGUACCAAAUUCGGUGGUUCCAGGAUUAUGAUACGCCAGAAGAGCGUAAGCUGAUUGCGAAACUCGAUUUCCUGAUUGUACCUUACGUCUUUCUGGCCUAUUGGGUCAAGUACAUCGAUCAAGCUAACAUCAACAAUGCCUAUGUUGCCGGCCUCAAAGAAGACUUGGGCUUUCAAGGAAAUGAGCUCGUCCGCCUCCAGACACUUUAUGUGGUCGGCACAGUAGUUGGUCAACUGCCGUUUAUGUAUCUCUUCACACGAAUUCCUAUGUACUAUCUUCUCCCAUUUCUCGACAUAGCCUGGGGUAUUUUCACGCUGCUCCAGUACCGAGUUCAUUCGUUUGCAGAGCUGGCAGCGUACCGAUUCUUGGUGGGCCUUUUCGAAGCAGCCUUCUUUCCAGCCAUCCACUAUAUCUUUGGAUCCUGGUAUCGUGGAGAUGAAAUCGGCCGUCGUGGAGGUUUCUUCUACGUUGGCCUCACUUUAGGUACUCUCACCGCAGCCUUGAUUCAGUCUGGAGCAACAUCACGCUUGGAUGGCGUACAGGGCCUCGCGGGAUGGAGAUGGAUGUACAUUGUAUGUGCAAUCAUUACCAUUCCCGUUGGUUUUCUUGGGUUAUGCGUCCUCCCAGGCACGCCUGAUAAGCCUAACAAGCUCGUUCUGACCGAUCAUGAUGUUGAGCUUGCAAAACACAGGCUGCAGAAGGCCGGUCACGAAGUCAAGGGCAACGUCACUGUUCACACGUUUGUUAAGAUUGCCAAAUCACCGCUUGUCUGGGCUUUUCUGCUACUGGACAUCUUUUUCUGGAACGGAUGCCUCAACACAUCCUCCGGAGGCUAUUUGCUAUGGCUCAAGAGCUUGAACCGGUACUCUAAGUCACGUGUCAACGAGCUCGGUGCUAUCUCUCCAGCCUUAGGGAUCUUCUACACGCUGGCUGUUUGCUUCGCUUCGGAUCUUUUCCUAGGACCCGCAUGGGCGAUAACGGUUUCUCACACCUGGAACAUCAUCGGUCUCAUCAUUCUUACAAUCUGGAACGUGCCAGAGUCGGCCAAGUGGUUUGCUUUCAUGACCACGUAUUCGGCUGUGGCCAUGUCAAGCGUGUUGUACGGAUGGAUCAACAGUCAACUCAGUUACUCACCAGCAGAGCGCGCUGUUGCAUUGGUGCUCGCUAAUACGGUUGCCCAAUCAACUACUGCCUGGACUCCAUUAUUGGUUUUCCAAACCGUUGAAGGACCUAGGUUCCCAAAAGGAUGGGCCUUCGUGCUCGCAAAUGCUGUAUGUUUGGUUAUCUUGGCACACAUCAUUAAGAUGUAUAUAAAUAAGCAACCAAGUAGAGGAGCAAUAGAUGCAGAAGACGAAACUGCAAGCUCGAUCAACGAGGCGAUUAACCGGUAUAAUCCUAAGAUCGUACCCGUUACUGAGGGUCCAGCCUAG